AUGGUGGCCUCAGCCAUGUUUCCUCCUCUGGUCCAGUUCUCCUGGAAAAGACAGAAGAAGAACGGCGGAGAAGCGGAGGAGCUGCCCCCUGCUGAGGGAGAGCAGCUGGAGCUCAGAGAGUCGGGACGGACAACUUCUGUUUUAGUAGAUUAUACAGAUGAUCUCUACACGUACAGAUACAGCUGCUAUGUCAAGCAUGAGGGGGAACAUGGAGGGUCAACCAGAAAAAAGCACUUAAGCCUUGGUGACUGUUCCACUGUGAAUCCCCUUAAAGACGAAACACUUAAGACACGGACAACACACGUCUUUUGUUUUUCAGAGUUCAGGCUCCACAGGCCUCUCUUCCAGUCUCAGUGCAGGGUGAAGCUGCUCUGCCUGCUGUACACAGUGCUGAUAGUGAAGAGUCUGGUGUACUGCUGUGGACUCUCUCUGCUGAUGAUCCUCACAAACAAGGGACCGUCCACCAACUGCACACAUGCUGACUGACUGUUUU